AUUUAUUAGCGGAUAUGUUACGGAUUUUACAGCGGUAUUUCAGGAAAUGGAGGUUCAACACUAGUGACAUGGUUUGGGGCAUAUGUUCGAGGAUCUUAUGCUUCAAAAACAUGUCGUUUUUGUUGACUUCACAUGUUCAACGAUUUUUCGGAAUUUCCCUCGGCUAAAAAUAGAAAUGUCAAAUUUGACAGCAGACGGUAUCAUGGAAGGGAUCAUGGACUCCAAGAAACAAAGGGCGCAGAAUUUUUCCGAACAGGAUUGCGUUUUGCUGGCUCAUUUAAUGGGAGAAACUGUUGAGAGCUUUGGUAUCAGUAGAUACCGAGUUCUGAAACACAAAUUCAAUGACAGAAUAACAAGUGUUACAAAAAAAGAAAUAUGGUCUGCUAUAGAGAAGGACUUCAACUCAAAUGCUACCACAUGUGUUCGCAGUAAACAGGAUCUUUCAAAAAAAUGGGAGAAUCUCACUGCCAAACACAGGGCUAUCUAUUCAGAUUAUCUGAGAAAAAGAAGUCAGACAGGUGGAAGUGAAACACCAAAGUACACACUGCUGACAGAAGCAAUAAUGGAUGUCAUAGGAAAGGACAGCAUCAAUGUCACAGGGGUGGUUGAUGAAUCAUUUGAUUCAACCUACUUUCAACUUUCAAAGUGUUCAGAUGAGACUACAAAUUCAGUUAUACAGUGUAGUGUGUCACAUCAUUCAGAUGAAAGCAUCCCCAGACAUGAAUCCUCAACCACAAGUAAGAGGAAAAACACAGAGACAAAAUGUUGCUGUCACUGUGACCCAGAACUUCUUGAGUUAAAGAAGAAGAAGCUUAGACUGCAAAUUAAAUACUAUGAAUCACUUUUUAGCAAAGAACAAUAGUGCAUUCUACAUGUAAAGCACUGUAUACAGCCCCUUAUUAGAUAUUUGAAAUUUAUAUGGUUAAACAAUAAACUUAGAUUAUUAAAAACACUUCCUGAAAAUUAAGAUAUUCAUCUUGUCAUAGAUCUAGGUCUGCUUUAACUUUAUAAGAAGAAUAGUCUAACUAAUGUAUUAUAUUCUCAUAUAAAAAGGAAGACAAUUUCUGCAUAGGUUUGCACUGAGAAACAUUAUUUGUAUGUUGAUAAUAUGUUUGGAAAAUCUUACCCAGUCAAUUUGCAAGGUU